GGCGUACGUAGUGUGACCAUGCCGUUUGGCUCAUAUUGCUGUUAGCUGCGCACUCCAUAGCUACUCCAUCUUUCUUAGUCAAGGCAGUUACAGGGGCCCUGCGACUUCGCGCCUGUAGCUUCGCGACUUCUCAUUGCCCACAAGGCUGGACCAUUUGAAAUUUACAUUACGCUAACAAGCUAUUGCAUUGAGAGGACAGGCAACUAGAGUAGUCGCGGCGGGCUACGAAUUCGGUCCAUUCCUGGACGGGCGAAAAUGCAGGCCGGCAUAGAGUCCCGGCACACCACAUCUCUAUAAGCGCCAGCAGCCAAGUAGCCAGAACUAGGCGCUGCUGUGGGCGUACAGGCGCCCACCCCCCUCGGGAGAACUUCCUUUUCUCAAGGACAAAUGCGAGAUGGCCCCGCUUCUGCGCAUGGGUUUACAGAAUUUCAGCUGGUCUCCACCUUGGAACAACGACGGCGUUGCAGCGCCUGGGAGUCCCGGGCCCGCCCGGCAUGGGCAUGCUGCACCCCCCGUCGACUGGGCCUCGCCUUGUUGCUAGCAGUUGUGGCUGUGUGCUGGCACCCUCCAGUAGUGGAGGCAGGGGCCAAACAUAAACAGUUAGCUGGCAGUCGGCAAAAGCGCCCGCCUCCGCGCCCGACGGUCCUUGUCCGGCAUCGGUUGCCCCCUCCGGCCAAAGGUGGCAAGCCCUCCUCGCGUACGGUCCCGCCCGCGCGACGGCCGUCUCCGAGCAAUGGCACCGCACCACCUGUUACACCACAGCCACCAUCACCAGCGCAGCAGCCCCAGUUCCAGCCACCAACACCGGGCGCCAGCUUUCCCAGCCCCCCGCGGCAGCAGCCCGUGCCCCCGCCCCCCGCUGCAGGCCCCGGCCCCAGCCCCAGCCCCAGCCCCAGCCCCGGCGCCAGUCCCAGUCCCAGUCCCAGUCCCAGUCCCAGUCCCAGUCCCAGCCCACGGGCCGCCAGCCCACCGCCUCCCCACCCAAGCCCUAGUCCUAGUGGGGCGCCCGCGCCGACACCUCCGCACGGGGAGGCAACGUAUGGGCCCUACACGUCGCGCACAGAGGGCGACGAGAUCCUGGUACUCACAGUGCAGCUGGACCCCCGGACCAGUAGCGCUAGCAGCGGCGGCGGCGUGCCGCCGGGGCAGGACGGCUCCAACAGCCCGCCCGGCGCCUGGGACCAUCGCGACCUGACCACGGUGGUGGACGACGAACAGCGGCUGUACUUCCGUGUACGGCCGGAGGGCACGGGGCCGCCGCUGCCGGACGGCACUCGGGCGCCUGUGUACCGGCGGCUGUUGUUCAGUGAGCCGGCGGACCCUCAGGAGGUGGCCGCGCUGGAGACCGGGGACCUGGUGUACCACCGGGGUGUGGAGCGCCAGCCGGCGGCGGCAGGGACAGCGGCGGGGCAGCGGCGUAGCCGCCGCCGGGAGCUGCUGCUGCCGCUGCCUGUGGCGGGUGGCGCUGGCGGGCGUGGCUUGGAAGCAGCAGAAGAAGUGAUGGGGAGCGACAGCGGCAACAGCAGCACCGCCGGCAGUAGCAGCAGCAGCGGCAGUAGCAGCGGCAACAACAGCAGUAGUCGCCGCCGGACUGAGGACGUCGCUGCUGGGGCGGAGUCGGAUGCGGCGGGCUCGCAGCCGGACCUCGUGACGGGCGUGGACAUGGAUUGGGACUCUGACUUCUUCAAUGCCACCUACCUCAACCGGAAGGCCAACAGCUUCUACAACGACAAGGCCCGUGUGCCGGACUUGUUGGCGGCACUGGGCAAGCCGACGGACGUCACGAGUGUAACGCUCAUCCUGAACGUGUGCGGCGUGAGGAACACGCUCACAGCCGAGCAACUCGAGACGUACUAUUUCGGGGCCUCUGACGGCAACAGCACGGGACAGGACGGCCCCACGCUGAAGAACUUCUUUGAGACCUGCUCUCACGGCUACGCGCCCUUCAAGCGCGAGGGCAACCGCAUCCUGGGCCCCAUCGAUGUGCCCUGCGCCGCCGCGCCCUCCAGCGGCCGGCCCUUCGACAGCGCCCGCGGCUGCACCGACCGCGAGCUGUUCGGCUGGGCGCAGUGGGCGCUGGACUGGGUGGCGCAGCACGCCCCCGACGUGCCGCUCAGCCGCUACUCCUCCUCCCGGCGGCUGUUCCUGCUGCCCGACCUGCCCGCCUGCGCCGCCUGGACCUCCCUGGCCUCCGUGGGCUGUUCGGCCAACUGCCCCGUGUUCCUCAAAGUGGCCGACGACGCCACGCCUCGCGCGGUGGUGUCGCAGCUGAUGCACGACCUGGGCCACACCUACUCCUUCUCGCACGCCGGCGCCGUGGCCUCCGCCGUGGGCCCCGACCUGCCCUUCGCGCCCGGGCCCCGCGCCGACACCGGCUGCCCCAUGGGCUGCGCCUCCGAGGCGGUGGGGCUGGUGUGCCCAAACGCCGCCAAUGCCUGGAAGGUGGGCUGGGUGACGCUGCUGGACGAGACUGCGCAGGUCAGCUCGGCGCAGCAGCUGGUCGGCUUCAAACUGCCGCCGGCUUCCUCCGGAGACACCGCAGUGGUGCAGGUGGCGGUCACGCCCGAGUGGCGCGCCGACGACAGCACACACACCAGCUACUACUACAUCAGCUACCGCAUGUCGCCGGCGCUGCCCGCCACGCCGCCGGCGGCGGAGGGCGCGGAUGGCGGCGGCUCGCCGGCGCCCAAGCUGGACCCGGGGCUGUACGACGCGGGAUUGGAUCCAAGCCUGGAUGUCAAGGUUUUCAUCCAUCAGUACGACGGGCUGACGGUGCGCAUGGGCACGCCGUACAAGCCUGUGCUGGUGGGCAGCAGCGGCUACAAGACGCCGGACAACAACAUAGUCAUGCCCGAGCAGGCCACCAAGUACUUCAAGGUGCGGGCGAAUGACCCCGACUUUGAGGGCGCGCCAAUUGUGGUGUGCACCUCGCCGCCCGGCGGCAUGCCCACCAGUGAGCAGCCGGAGCCCGGCAACUGCGACAUGUGCUACGACGGGCUAGACAACGACUGCAAUGGGGCCGCUGACUUGGAAGACGCCUCGUGUGCCGACUGCGCCUGAGCAGCUGAGCUGCUGGCGGCAGGGGGUUGAGCACAGCUCUUCGGACUGGGUGCAGCCGAUGGAGCGGAGCUGCCGUUGGCUGUAGGAGUGUGCUGGACGGCCGUGCUUGUCCACAGCAAACGGCCACGUGCGUACGUUUCCGGAGGACAGCUGUGCAGGCAGCGAUUGCCUAAAAUGCAGAGAUGAACUCGUGCGUGUUUGCUCGGAUGAAACAGGGGGGAGGGACAACUGUACAGCUGUUGUGGGUAAACGAGUACUUGAAGACCGGACACGUUGACAACCAAGCUCGCGAUCUACGCAACCACGGGGUUCAAUCAUUCGAGAUGCGUCGAUCGGGUUAUUCGUGUGCUGCACAGUGCUGUGCGGUACGAUCCUGCCUGCUGGCUUCAUAUAGCUUCAUCGGUAUAUGCGUGGCUUGGUGCUCGUAUCUCUUGUGUGACGGUUUAUGCUGUGUCGUUCACAGCACACGCCGCACCCACACGUCAGGAGUCAGUGACUUUCCGUAAGAUGCUGGUCCAUACAUUCAUUCACAUAGGACUGCACGAACCGAUACCAUUUAUGGGCGUACCCGUCAGUGCUUGCACUGGCUUGUGCGUGCUUUUGAGCAGUGCCAUUGAACUCGUGUACACAACUGAUAGGGUCACUGUGGUUGAUGAUGGCGGCGACUUGCGCUCACGCAAGAAUAGAAGCGCGGUGGUUGAAAUUUAGGUCUGGUGGGGGCAAUCGCAUGCGCACGGUAACGUGCACAUGGAAGUGGGAAAGCCGGAGGUCGAAGGCCGCUGGUGGGUCGAGUCCAGGAAGCGUUUGCCAGGCUAUUGCAGUGCUGUGAUGGUCGAUGAGCAGAGGUGAGAGAGCUUGCUCUUCAUUGUGCGUGCGGGGUGUUGGCUUGGUGCUGAUGAGGGUGCGUGUCGAUUGCUUGCAGGAUGGUGAGCGGGGGGGCGCAGCGUUGUGGGCGCUUGCAUGUACUGGGACGGAUGCGCGGUCACGUGCGGUACUUGUUGGAGGAUCAAGCAUGUUGACAUUAGGCAGCUGGCCAGGCAUUUAAAACGUGGACGUUUGUUGUGAUCGGUGCUUUGCAGGCAGGCGCUGACGUAGAUAGCUGUUCGCAUGAAAGAUGAUGUGGGUGCUGCAUACAUAGUGGAGGUAUUUCUUGGAGGAUCGGGUGUAUCGGCUCUGAAGCCGGUGCUGGACUGUCAUGUGGCUCUGGGUGAGCGGCAGGGAGUAGGACACACGGAACCCAGAGAGCCACACCUCGCGCCAUCAUGACACUGCAUGACACUGCCACGUUCCUGUCACACCGUUACACACACGUGAUG